AUGGCGAGUCUUAGGGUUCUUGGUGCAGCAUUUUUGGUGCUACUUGGGGCGCACUUCUGCGCCGCCGGUAGAUCCCUCUUCACCUUCGAAGAGUCAGCCUAUGGCGCCGGUCAUGGCACUGGAGGAGCCUACGGAAGCUGGGGAGGAGCUGCAGGGGGCUACGGCGGUGGCGGUGGUUCUGGGGCCGGGUAUGGGGUAGGGGGACCUUACGGCUUUGGUACUGGAGGCGGCAGCGGAGGUGGUUCUGGCGCCGGAUAUGGAGUCGGGGGGGAGCAUGGCGGUGGGUAUGGAGUCGGGGGGGAGCAUGGCGGUGGGUAUAGCGCCGGAGGAGGCUCGGGCGGCGGCGCCGGGUACGGUGCGGGAGGACAGGGCGGCCAUGCAGGCUAUGGCAACUGGGGGGAACACGAAGUCGGCCAUGGUGGCGGCGGCGGUGGUGGUAGUGGGGGAGGCUCCGGCUACGGGGCAGGGGGUGAGCAUGGUUCUGGGUACGGCAGCGGCACUGGCAGUGGGGGAGGUGCUGGCUAUGGCGCCGGAGGUGAGCACGGCGGCGGCUACGGCAGCGGCACUGGCAGUGGCGGAGGUGCUGCCUAUGGCGCCGGAGGUGAGCACGGCAGCGGCUACGGCAGUGGCACUGGCAGUGGGGGAGGUGCUGGCUAUGGCGCCGGAGGUGAGCACGGCGGCGGCUACGGCAGCGGCACUGGCAGUGGCGGAGGUGCUGGCUAUGGCGCCGGAGGUGAGCACGGCGGUGGCUACGGCAGCGGCACUGGCAGUGGGGGAGGUGCCGGCUAUGGCGCCGGAGGUGAGCACGGCGGCGGCUACGGCAGCGGCACUGGCAGUGGCGGAGGUACUGCCUAUGGCGCUGGAGGUGAGCACGGCGGCGGCUACGGCAGCGGCACUGGCAGUGGCGGAGGUGCUGGUUAUGGCGCCGGAGGUGAGCACGGCGGCGGCUACGGCAGCGGCACUGGCAGUGGCGGAGGUGCUGGUUAUGGCGCCGGAGGUGAGCACGGCGGCGGCUACGGCAGCGGCACUGGCAGUGGGGGAGGUGCUGGCUAUGGCGCCGGAGGAGAGCACGGCGGCGGCUACGGCAGCGGCACUGGCAGUGGCGGAGGUACUGCCUAUGUCGCCGGAGGUGAGCAUGGCGGCGGCUACGGCAGCGGCAGUGGCAGUGGCGGAGGUGCUGGUUAUGGCGCCGGAGGUGAGCACGGCGGCGGCUACGGCAGCGGCGCUGGCAGUGGCGGAGGUGCUGGCUAUGGCGCCGGAGGAGAGCACGGCGGCGGCUACGGCAGCGGCACUGGCAGUGGCGGAGGUGCUGGUUAUGGCGCUGGAGGAGAGCACGGCGGCGGCUACGGCGGGGGGGGUGGCAGCGGUGGAGGUGCUGGCUAUGGAGUCGGAAGCCUGCAUGGUGGUGGCUACGGCGGAUGGCCCGGUAAUGGCGGAGGCGGCUCCGGCUACGGCAGCGGCAGCGGAGGCGGUGCCGGCUACGGGGCCGGCGGCGAACACGGUGGCGGAUACGGCGGAGGCGGUGGCAACGGGGGCGGCAACGGCUACGGUGCCGGAGGCGAUCAUGGCUCUGGGUACGGCGCCGGGCAAGGGUCGGGCGGCGGCGCCAGCCAUGGCGUCGGCGGGGCCGACAUCUACGGCGGCUAUCCGGGAGGCGCCGGCGGGUACUACCCCUGA